UCAACAACCAUCAAUAAUUUAUAAUAAAAAUAAAAAUAUAGAUAAUCUACUAAUAAAUCAACAACUAUGAUGACUAUGAACGCUGAUCAAGAAAAUCGUGUUAUAUUAAAUGUUGGCGGUAUCCGACAUGAAACAUAUAAAGCAACAUUGAAAAAAAUACCGGCAACACGUUUAUCACGUUUAACUGAAGCAUUAGCUAAUUAUGAUCCAAUAUUGGAUGAAUAUUUUUUUGAUCGUCAUCCAGGUGUUUUUGGUCAAAUAUUGAAUUAUUAUCGUACAGGAAAAUUACAUUAUCCAACCGAUGUAUGUGGACCAUUGUUUGAAGAAGAAUUAGAAUUUUGGGGUUUAGAUUCAAAUCAAGUUGAACCUUGUUGUUGGAAAACAUAUACACAACAUCGUGAUACACAGGAAACAUUAGCCGUAUUAGAUCGUUUAGAUUUGGAUACAGAAAAACCAAGUGAUGAAGAAAUUGCUAGAAAAUUCGGUAUGGAAGAAGAUUAUUUAAAUGGUACAUUAUCAUGGUGGCAACGUUUAAAACCAAAAUUAUGGUCAUUAACUGAUGAACCAUAUUCAUCCAAUGCAGCAAAAGUUGUUGGAUUAUUAUCAGUAUUUUUUAUUUGUGUAUCGAUUGUAUCGUUUUGUUUGAAAACACAUCCAAAUAUGCGUGUACCAUCAAUACGAAACAUAACUGUGAUGACAACUAAUUCAACUAAAGCAUGGGUUUUGGAUAAAAAUCAAACUAAUCCACAUCAGGCAUUUUUCUAUAUUGAAUGUGUUUGUAAUGCAUGGUUUACAAUGGAAAUUAUAACAAGAUUUACUUGUUCACCAAGUAAAGUUGAAUUUCUUAAAGGUGCAGUGAAUGUGAUAGAUAUAACGGCAACAUUAUCAUUCUAUAUUGAUCUUACAUUGCAAAGAAUUUAUACACAAUUAGAGAAUGCUGAUAUAUUAGAAUUUUUAUCGAUAAUAAGGAUAAUGCGUUUAUUUAAAUUAACACGUCAUUCAGCUGGUCUGAAAAUACUCAUACAAACAUUUAAAGCCAGUGCCCGUGAAUUAAUAUUAUUGGUAUUUUUUCUAAUACUUGGUAUUGUGAUAUUUGCUAGUCUUGUUUAUUAUGCUGAACGUAUUCAAUCAAAUCCAGAAAAUGAUUUCAAUUCAAUACCAUUAGGUUUAUGGUGGGCAUUAGUAACAAUGACUACUGUUGGUUAUGGAGAUAUGGCACCGAAAACUUAUGCCGGAAUGUUUGUCGGUGCAUUAUGUGCAUUGGCCGGUGUAUUAACUAUAGCAUUACCUGUGCCUGUUAUUGUUUCAAAUUUUGCAAUGUUUUAUUCACAUACACAAGCACGUGCAAAAUUACCUAAAAAACGUCGUCGUGUAUUACAAUUUGAACAGCCACGUGUAUUACGUGCACCAAUGCGUUUACCACAAGGUCCUGGAUCAACAAGAGGUAUUACCGGUAGUGGUACAGGUGGUGGUGGUAAUAGUAGCCUUAUAAGAGGUUCCGGUGUUAAUAAAACUAUCGGUAUUGGUAGCAGUCAACCAGGUAGUUUAAUUAAUCGUUCAACAAUUAACAGUGGUACUGGAUCAAUAAAUUCACAAAGUAGUUUAACAAAUCCAAAUCAAACAUCUACAAUGAAUACAAUAAAAAAUAAUUCAAAAAAAUUUGAUACAAAUCAAUCAACAACAACAACAACAUCCGCUGCUAAAAUCACAAGCAAACAACGUAAUCGUAUGAGUAUUACAUCCGUAUCAGAUCAACAACAACAACAAUCAUCAUCAAAGAAUAUAAAUACAAAUUGUUCUCAGGUUAAUAAUGAUGAUCAACAACAACAACAACAAAUAUCAAUGAACAUAAUAGGCCAACAAUCUAAUAUGAAUAAUUGUAUGUUGUCCAAAUUGUCUUCGGUGCCUUCUUCCAACAAAUUAGAUGAUAGAUCCAUUAUUGUUAAUAAUAAUCAACAAACAACAAUAGCAACAACAACGAAUGAAAUUUUGAAUCAAAAUCAAAAUAAUUCGAUUGAUUGUUGUAUGAAUAAUUGCUCAAUGUCGGAGCCAAUAUGGACAACAUCGAUUAGUAGUAAUUUACAUAAUAAUAAUAAUAAUGAUAAUGACAAGGAUAAUAUAUUAUCAUCAUCAUCAUUAAUGACCAAUGCAGUGAUUACCACCACAAAUUCAAAGGUUCAACAUGGUACAAAUAAUCAUCAUCAUCAUCAUCAUAAUUGUCAUCAUCAUCCACAAAAUCGUCAUCAUUCACUGCCCAUCCCAUAUGCUCAUUCAAUACAGAAUAAUCAUUCAAUUCCUAAUCAUUAUUCAAAUAUUAACAAUAAUGAUAAUAAUGUUGAUGAUUAUUAUUAUUAUUGUAAACAACGAAGUCCAAGUGUCAUACAAAAAACAUCCGUAAAUAAUCAUUUAUUGAAUGCAUUAUGUGAACAAUGUAGUCGAUGGCAAAAUGAACAACAACAACAACAACAAUCACAAAAAACAAUAUUAAUGACAAUGCCAAUGAUCGAUGAUUCAGAUAAUGAUGAAAUGAAUAGUCAUUCGGAACAAAUAUUAAAUUUUGAUCGAAAAUUAUCAUUGAAUAAUCAUCAAUCGAAUUUAACAUUAAAUAAUAAUGAUGAUGAUGAUGAACAAAGACGACCAUCUGAACAUAACAACAUCAAUAAUGAUGAUGAUGAUGAGAUUCUAAUCGAAAAAACUACGAAACAACGAUCAUCAUCACAAACAACGAUUAAAGUUUCCAAUUGAUUCUGGACGGCCGAGGGUGACCGAAAAACAAAAACAAACAAACAAACUGACCAAUUUUCAUUUUCAGAGAACUGAUUAUACGCACAUACGAAAAAAUCAAUCAAAUCUGCCAAAUAAAAAUCAAAUCUGUAUUUGUGUAAUUAGAAAGGUACGCCUAUCACCCACCAUCUACCACCAUACACAACGUGGGCAAAAAAAUCUCCAUUACAUCUUUAUAAUUAUUUGACAAAUUUAAUAAAAUUCACUAUUGCCAUAUACCCCCAUCUCCAAUAUCACACCUACCCCACCAACCACACUGAACUGAUGAACAAAUCCUUGUAUUUUCGUUUUCUCCACACACACCUUUUCCCAUUCCCCCUUUUGUUGUUGUUGCUGUUGAAUUAUAUAUUCUUUAUUGUUAAUGAAAACAAAAUGAAAAAGAAAAUUGAUGUUUAAUUUGAAUAAAUAAAAAACAAAUGAAAUCUUUAUAAAAAUCUUGUAAAAAACCGAAAAUUAAAAAAUAAUAAUUAUAAAAAAAAUUGUUGCGAAUUGUUAAAAUCAUGAUUGGCUUGUUGAAUGAUAAUAUUGA